ACAUUCUGUAUAAACAAAAAAAAACGUUUUGUGUUUUUCUUGAAUCUGACAGAAAAUGGAUCUUCCAGACGAAAUAAUCCAAGAAGCGGAAGAAGCUAGUGGAAAAUUAAUACCUGAGAAAUCCCGAAACCGGUACGAAAAGGAACUGACAGCAUUUAACGAAUGGAGAGCAAAGAGAGUCGGCGAAAUGGUACUGAACGAGACCGUUGUGUUGGCGUACGUUUCUGGUCUAUCAAAAGUCUUCAAGGCAUCAAGUCUAUGGACUAAAUUUUCGAUGCUGAAGAAAGCUCUCAUCGUUAAUGGCAAUGUUGAUAUAUCUAGAUUUGGAAAGGUUAUCGCGUUCAUGAAGGCUCAAAAUGUUAAUUACGUGCCGAAGAAAUCUAAGAUUUUGUCUGUUGAGGACACCCGCCAAUUUAUUUUAGAAGCUUCAGAUGAUUUUUUGCUCUGCAAAGUUGUCUUGAUCUUUGGACUGUAUGGGGCUUGUCGCCGAGAUGAACUACUUAAGCUAAUUGUGGAUGAUAUUGAGGACCAUGAGAAGUACGCUCUAGUAAAGUUGCAAGAUACGAAGACUCAUACAUCUAGAUCGUUUAUUAUUCCUGAUGCAAAUGGAUCUUUGAAUCCUUAUGAGAUUUAUAAAAAAUAUGCCAAAUUACGUCCUCUUGAUGUUGGAACGAGACGCUUUUUUUUGGGAUACAGAAAAGGAAAGUGCGUUGCUCAGCCGGCUGGUAUGCAUACCAUUGGUGGUGUACCGCGAAAAGUAGCAGAAUUCCUUGGUCUGGAUCACCCUGAAAAGUAUACUGGGCACUGUUUAAGACGAAGUGGUGCUAGUAUGGUUGCGGAAUCUGCUGGAAAUCUUCUGCCAGUAAAACAAAUUGGUGGCUGGAAGUCCUCAAGAGUGGCAGAGGGAUACAUCGAAGCGUCAGUGAAGAGCAAAAUGGCAGUUGCAGCAAUGAUACCCCUGGCGGGGCCUAGCAAUAUCCACUCAACGCCAAAUGGGGCUGUUGCAUCGUCUUCAACUGCUGGACUAAUGAUUAGUGGGAAUUCUAACUGCACGAUUGAAGUGCAUAUGUGUAAACAUAAUGAUUGUUCUUAAUUUUUCUUAUUUGUUGCCUUCUGCCUUUGCAUAUCUUUAAUAAAUAUGUAU